AUGGACCCGGCGCGCCACGGGUGCGACGCCGGUCCCCCCCGAGCCACCUUCCCCAACCGGGCCUUCCCAGCCGUCCCGGAGCCGGUCGCGGCGCACCGCCGCGGUGGAAGUGCGCCCGGCGGCGGCCGCUCGCCGGAGCGGGGGGCGGUCCCCCGCCGACCCCACCCCCGGCCCCGCCCGCGCGCCCCCGCCCCACCCCACGCCCGCCGCCGGAGCGCCCCCCCGGGUGGGGGGACGGCGGCGGCGGGACGCGGGGACGGGGGGAAACGACGCGCGGGUGGAGGGGUCGGGAGGAACGGGGAGCGGGAAAGAUCCGCCGGGAGCCCCGCCGGCACGGCCGGACGCCGGGUUGAAUCCUCCGGGCGGACUGCGCGGACCCCACCCGUUUACCUCUUAACGCAACCCGACUCCGGGAAGACCCGGGCCCGGCGCGCCGGGGGCCGCUACCGGCCUCACACCGUCCACGGGCUGGGCCUCGAUCAGAAGGACUUGGGCCCCCCACGAGCGGCGCCGGGGAGUGGGUCUUCCACCCCACCGACGGAGAGCGCUCGCAUCGGCCGACGGACGCCGCGGCGUCCCGCGGGCCGCGGCCGGAGCGGGCAACCCCCGGGCGGGGAGAGACGGAGGAGAGAGCCGCGGGACCGGCCCCGCGACGCUCGGGGCGGCAGCGCGGCCACGGCACGGGCCCGGCCACCUCGCGGGCGCGGGCGGCGCGACGACGCUCCCGGAGGGAGAGGGCGGGCGGGCGGACCGACGCGCCACCCAUCCCCGGUCCCCCGGGGACGCGAGGCGACACCAGAGCGGGGGGGGGAAACGAGGAGACGCGGCGGCGAGAUCGACCUCCGAAGCCCCGUAGGCGGAGGGGACCGCCGCGCCCUCUUCACACCACCCAACCACCGGCUCGCCACGCGCCCGGGGACGGGGCGGGAGGCGCGCGAUCCGACACCUCCUCGACCACCGACCGUCGGUCCCUGUCUCUCGCUCUCCUUUCUCCAACGCACACCGGCGGCAGCAAUCGGCGGCGCCGGCGGCCGGAACGGCCCCAGCCCCACACCGCGGAAACCCGAGGCGCCGGCUCCCCCCACCCCGAGACCACCCCACGACGAGGCCAACACCGCCCGGCUUCCCCAAGGCGACCGACCGGCCCGAGGACGGGCGGGAGCGGAGGGGAGGGAAGAAGCCGCGGCACGGCCAAGAGAGGGUGGCCCGCGGAGGAGGGCGGAAGCGCACGCGGGAGGGCGCGCGAGGGGCGGGAGGCCGGCCAACCGACGACCACCCGACAUCUGA